AUUUUGUUGGAUAGCGAGUGCCUGAAGACCGCGAUCCUCUGAUACUUGUCGUGGUCAAGCCCUACUCACCCAACGUCCUUCAAGCUCGACGUCAAUCACAUUCAAGAUGUCUUCUGGAAAGGUCAAGGCCGGCGCUCUCUGGUCCAAGAACAAGGACGAGCUCACCAAGCAGCUCGGUGAGCUGAAGACUGAGUUGGGUCAGCUUCGCAUCCAGAAGAUCGUCUCUUCCGGCACCAAGCUCAACAAGAUCCACGACCUCCGCAAGUCGAUCGCUCGUGUCCUUACCAUCAUCAACGCCAAGCAGAGGGCUCAGCUUCGUCUCUUCUACAAGAACAAGAAGUACCUCCCUCUCGAUCUCCGCGCCAAGCAGACCCGCGCUAUCCGCCGCCGUCUUUCCAAGGAGGACGCUUCCCGCGUUCUUGAGAAGACCAAGAAGCGCACCACCCACUUCCCCCUCCGCAAGUUCGCCGUCAAGGCCGCUUAAAUGUGCUUCUUCUGGGGUUAAGGGGUUGGUUGUGGGUAUUUAAACAGGCAGCGCGGUUUUGAAAAAGGAUUUCGCACUCGACACACUGCAUCAUCAAUGGAGCAUGCUUGAACGGGUUUUUUGGGUGCUAUCAACGAGGUCAACGAAAAUCUUGAUCCGGCUAGGUAGCUCCAUAGCUGCCGAAAUGAAUGCCACGGGCUGAACCACCACCAUCGCCACCACCGCAGACGGAUUGUUCAUGAUGAUACCCACGUUGGAUACUUGACGACCCCCCGGCCGGAUGCUGUUCUGAUCGAAGAUUGCAGCAAGGGGGCUCAUGGCUUGGGUCCCUCUGUGCGAUACAACGGCUCCUUUGGGGCUGAUUGGUGUAGCCAGGUACACAUAGUUGCCUAGAAAAGAGCGCAGUUGUCCGGGAUGGGAAUCUUUCCAGGGCUGCGUCGCGAACGUAUUUGUCCUUGGCUCUUUGACUGUUCUUCA